AUGUCAGCACAGGUUAUGGAAUGUGUUGUUCACGGUGCGGUGGCAGCACUGCUGCGUGUAAUGCGCGUGGUGGGGAUGAUACCGGUGCGACUGGUGCCGCUCGCGGACGCAUUCGUUGUUCGCUACUCGUUCGCACAAGACGUCAUUGCACGUUUGUUUUAUUGCUGUUUCAGUGUUCUCCUAAUGACAGUGGAAUUAUUUCAAUUUAUUCCACAACUUUUAACCAUGAACAAAUUUCUACAAAAAAGGGUAAUGCUGUUGUCAUCAAUCGUCGCUUUGUUUAUUCGUACGACAGUCAUACUUGGUUCAGUUUUGAAAGGAUACCAACGAACAAAACUACUAUGUAAAAAUCUCAACGAAAUUCAAAAGUUAAAAAUAGAAGACGUUCACGAUGUUCCUGUCGCUAAGGUUGAAAAAAGAAGAUAUAAAUUGUUCACUAUUCUUGUCACAACAUUACCGCUAUUAAAUACCAUUGAAACCACAAUGUAUUGGGAUAGCACUACAAAGGUCAAUGUGCCCUAUUUGAUCCGGGUAUUAUUGUAUGAGUUUGAAAUUAUUGUUAUUUCGAUGGUGGAGGGGCAGUUCGUGUUUACAAUACUCUCAGUGCACACCACGCUUCAAGCCCUCAAUCGACGUCUGGGGAAGUUGUUGACGGAUUUUAAAAGAAAUAAGGAUGGAAGUACCGAAAUAUCAUCAGCGCAUAGGACUCUGAGACAAUUGGCUACAUCAUACGGCGGUUUAUGCGAUGUCAUGAGGACACUAGAUAAAGAAAAUGGACUGAUGAUUUUGAUGGCAUCUAUCUUACAACUGCUGAGAGCUACGCAAUGUGUUUUCUUCCUAGUGGUCUUUUGGACCAUAAAUCCUAUUACGUUCAUACCUUAUGCAGACACGGAGUUAAAAGAAUUGACCAUUAAUAGGACAUUGCAGUGCUGUCGUUUACUGAUAGUUUUCAUGAACAUUAUGUUUUUACUGGAGCCCUGUCAAUGGACAUAUAAUGAGAUGGAGGUGACAAGGCUGUUUGUGACCAGAAUUACACACUACGCUCCGACUACCAGCGGGCCUCUCGUCAAUGAAUUGGAGGCAUUCUAUCGUCUAGUCUUCACAAACAUUCCCUCGUAUUCGCCACUUCAAUUGUUUACUCUAAAACGAUCAUUUAUACUAGAGUUAUCGGGUACACUCACCGCUUGGUUGCUUAUCGUUUUACGCGAUAAAAGCACAAUCAAGCAAGAAGAAAUCAUGGGUACAGAAUUUAAUAAUACACUGAAUUAAUUACAAACGCAUUGUUUCAAAUUUAAUCACGAAUCUUAAAUCUAUUGUGUGAAUUACCUUAAAAAGUUGGUGUUAAAAUUCUUACUACACUAUAAUAUUUUCUAUAGAUUGCGCAUUUCGAUUGAACUAUCGCACAACUGUUCCGUUUUUUUAUUUUAUAACAU